CCUACCGCAGUCAACACUACAUGAAACGACUUCGACUUAAUCACAAGACAAAUGUGAACCUUACGUCAGUAAUAAUGUUUGAUCAGGCCAUGUUUGCACGUUGAUACGGUAUUUUUCCAGUGUCCAGCUUUCAGCAGGCGGACGAGGAUCACCGCUCUCCAGUUGUGUCAUCGAAUCUACCAUAUUCCAUAUAGAGGCAUGAUGCUGUGCUCUCUUAUAUUGGCUCUGUCUUUGAGCCUGAACACACUAUACAGUGUUGAUGGUUUGAAGAUUGGAGCCUUCAACAUACAGAUUUUCGGUACAUCAAAAAUGGCUCAGCCGGAAAUAGCGGACAUGCUUGUUCGGAUCUGCCAGCGUUACGACAUUCUCUUGAUCCAGGAGGUCCGUGAUUCGACUGGUACAGCCAUUGUGGAUUUACUCAACAGGGUCAAUAGUGCCGGCCAUGCGAACUACGGUAUGGUUAUCAGUGACCGGCUGGGCAGGACGACAAGCAAGGAGCAGUAUGCCUUCUUCUACAGGACGGACGUUGGCCUCACGGUGACCAGCUCGUACCACUAUGACGACGGAAACGAAGCCCUGGGGACUGACACAUUUGAGCGGGAACCGUUCAUCGUCCGAUUCUCCUCAUCUCGAACUGCUGUGCACGACUUUGUUCUUGUGGCAAUCCACACGUCACCCGACCAUGCUGUAGAAGAGAUCCAGGCUCUGGAUACUGUGAGGGAGAGCAUCGUGUCCAGGUGGCGCAUCACGGAUAUCAUGAUCAUGGGCGAUUUCAACGCCGACUGCAACUACGUUCGCCCUAGCCAUUGGGACAGCAUCAGCCUCUGGACCAGAUAUCGGACCUACGAUUGGCUGAUAGGCCAUGACGCCGAUACAACUGUAACAUCAACCAACUGUGCGUACGACAGAAUUGUUGUCUCCGGACCUACCCUGAAGGGAAGUGUUCUUCCUCACAGCGCAAGCGUCUACGACUUUUCCAGGCACUUGCAUUGCAAUUGCGAGGCAGAGGCUGUAAGUGACCACUACCCAGUGGAAGUGGACCUGCUAUAGAACCAGGUGUUCGCGAUACGACAUUGAGAAGUGUGCCCACGAGUACCUACAUGUUAUACAGAAUCAGUGUGAUAACUCCAGCAAGGUCAAUA